AUGGCUGGAGGUCAAAGAGCAUGGUACAGUGCUGACUUUGACUCUCCGUUUGAUACCCUACAGGCGACGACGGAACUUGAGAACAUGAAAAACAGGGGAGGAUCUUUCUCCGCCGCCGCCGGUGAGGAAUCUAGGACGAUAAUUAAAAGGGAUCCAACAAUCAGGCGAGACAGAGUUGUAGGUUUCGAAGACGAGGAAGAGAAAAUCGUCGGCUUUCUCAUGGAACAAACGAAAGAACUCGAUGUUAUCUCCAUCAUCGGUAUGCCCGGCCUGGGCAAGACAACGCUAACAUGGAAGAUCUACGACAGCGACACAAUCCAACGCACGUACCGCAUACGGAUAUGGGUUAACGUUUCUCAAAAGUUCAACAAAAAGGAGUUGCUUCUCAAUAUUCUCAAAAAGUUUACGGGCGAAGACAUGUCCCACAAGGGCAUAUUCGAACUCGAGCAGGCAGUUCGGAAGUGUCUGAAAGACGAAAAGUUUCUGAUAGUUUUGGACGAUGUAUGGAAUCUAGACGACUUGAAAACCAUCAAGAAAGUCUUGCCGAUGGGCAACGGGUUGGGUAAAGUCAUAAUAACUAGUCGUUUUGUCGAAGUUGGUAUGAGUGCUAGUAUUAGAGGACCGUAUAAACUACGGUUCCUUACCAAAGACGAGAGUUGGAAACUCCUUCAAUUGGAGAUAUUCGAGGAUGUCGGCAUUUGUCCUCCGGAGUUGAUAACCAUCGGCGAACAAGUGGCCCACAACUGCGAUGGACUGCCGCUCACGAUAGUGGUGAUCGGAGGAAUUCUCAUGGCACAAUUCUUGAGACAACGGCCAAUUGGCGUGAUAAAAAACGAAUGGGUCAAGGUGUCCGCGAAUGUGAUUCAGUUUGCAAAAACAGACAAGAAAAACCACAUAACCGAUGUUGUGGGAUUGAGCUACGAUAUAUUGCCCGAUGAGUUGAAAGAGUGUUUUAUCUACAUGGGGGUAUUUCCGGAAGAUCACGAGAUUUCGGCUUGGACAUUGACACGCUUAUGGAUUGCGGAAGGAUUCAUACAACAGAAGGAAGGGCAAAGCUUGGAAGAAACUGCGGAGGAGUAUCUGAAUGACCUCAUCAACCGGAACUUGUUGAUGGUUGGUCGAAUUAAUGCGAUGGGCGAAAAUAAAACAUGCUAUGUUCACGAUGUGAUACACUUUUUCUGUACUACCAAAGCCGCGGAGCAGAAUAUAUUCCAAGAGAUCAAAACGUCGAGCCAAGGAGUAUCUCUGCCUCCGAUUCCCGCUACGGAAAAGUACCAUCGUCUUUGUUUCAGCUCCGAUCUCUCCAGAUUCCUCUCCGAAGGAAAGGCUUACCCGAGCGUUCGUUCGUUUCUGUCUUUCUACAAGGAUCUCGUGGAGUUGAAGCCGGAAUACAUCACGUCGAUCCCCGACGCAUUCAAGUUGCUCAGGGUUUUGAAUUCCAACUCGAUCAGAUUCCAUCAAUUCCCGCUGACGGUUGCCGAGUUGUGUCAUUUGAGGUACGUCACGCUAUACGUUCACAAUCUCACGUUUAUUCCCGAGUCCAUCUCCAAGCUAUGGAACCUGCAGACGCUUCUAGUCGAGACGAACUCGAAUACGGUUGCGAUGAAUGGGAAUCUAUGGAGUAUGGUUCGGCUGAGGCAUCUCAAGACGAAGGCAGCCAUGGUUCUUGACCAGGAGCAGAAAGGCAACGCCGGCGAAAACAUUCAAACACUGAGUACGCUGUCGCCGGAAUCUUGCACGGAAACCGUGGCGGAAAACGCGCGCAACGUGAAGGAACUGGGUGUUCGCGGGAAUUUGGACACGCUCUUCGACGCCAAGUUCUUGGAGAAACUGCUCUCCCUCGAAAAGUUGAAGCUGGUGCACGAGAUAUCGGGGAAAAUUAGCCUUCCUAAAACGAGCUUCUUCCCGAGAAAUCUAAAGCGGCUGACUUUGAGGAAAACAUCCCUACAAUGGAGCGAUAUGUCUACACUGGCGAAGAUUGAAAAGCUCGAGGUACUCAAGUUGAAACAGGGAGCAUUCACCGGAAUCAAAUGGAUGGUUAGUGAUGUAUUUCCGAGUCUUCAGUUCUUGCUCAUGGACAACGCGGAUCUCGUUAUCUGGGAGGCCUCGGCGGAACAUUUCCCUAGUCUGACGUGUCUCUCGAUCAAGAAAUGCAGAAGACUCAAAGAAAUUCCACUGGAGCUGGCGGAAAACCUCCAGAGAUUGGAUAUAUAUUUCCUCCGAAAAUCCGCCACCGAGUCUGCUAGGGCUAUUCAAGAACUGAAGAAGAAAGAUCAAGAACAUGAACAAAAAGUCCGAUGGGGCGUUGGAUUCCAGCUCUUCGUUGGUUCCGGAUGCGAAUCGUGA